GAUGGAAGAAACAGAUCAGUAUAUCCACAAGCGCAGUUCUGCUUCCAAAGAUAAAAAGAUUGUUCCAGAGAUAAACGAAGAUUUGGUGCCGAGAAAAAGAUGAGCUCGUUGCCGUUAUCGUCAUCUCUCUUUCCAUCUUCACUUUCGACCUUGUCAUCUUGUGGCCACGGUCGGAGCCGGAACUUCUGUGUCCGUCGGAAGCAACAGUGUCUACGUGUUCAAGCUGCCAAGCUUCCUGAGGGGGUAAUAGUGCCCAAAGUACAACCCAAGUCACAACCAGCGUUUCUGGGAUUCACACAAACAGCUGAGAUAUGGAACUCUAGAGCUUGCAUGAUUGGUCUCAUUGGCACUUUCAUCGUCGAACUCAUUCUGAACAAGGGAAUACUUGAGUUGAUCGGCGUAGAGAUUGGGAAAGGCCUUGAUCUUCCUCUGUAAUAUGUGUUCUUCCCCAAACAACAUCACCUCUCUUUAUGAAAUGUAAAAAACUCUUGAGCAUUACUCACACAUCAUAAUGUAAAACUUGUUUAUUUAUAUAUUCUUCACAACCACUUUAGAGGACACGAGUGGUUCUUGCAUC